AUGGCUGGGGUGCAUGGGCUGAGGCUUCUGCUGGCGCUGCUGCUGCCCGUGGUCAGCGCCUCCACGGUAGGCACCGUGGUCCGAAUCAACAAGGCCGUCCUGAGCUACGUGUCUGAGUUCGGGAAAGUCCCUCUCCAGGAGGCCUUAAAGGUCGAUGACCAGCAUUUUCUGGACCAGAGUAGUGAGGUGCUUCAGACUGUCAGGAUUCAGGUUCCAGAAGUCCGCGUGACGCGCCUCCACCUGAAGUUCCUCCCUGACUUCGGCAUAUCCGUGUGGGCGGCCGCCAAUUUCACUGUCAAGGUGUUUUGCGUCCCAGAGUCCCUGGAGCUGAUGGUGCCUGUGAUACUGCAGUCUGACUUACGUGUGACCCAGAGCUCCCUUGGGACCCCCAAGAUCAGCAUCUCCACCUUCUUCCCGCACUUCGGCCGAGCCACGGUGCUUGAUGACAACAAAAACCUGUCCCCUGCGUUGCUGGCCACACUACAGAAGGACAUCAAAGCUGUUCUCAGCAGCAAGCUGAACCUGAACUUGGCCAACCUGGUGGACAACAUCAAUAUCCACAUGGGCACCUUAAUCGGCCUCAACCCUGUGAGCCCUGAGUCCCAAAUCUGCUACUACAUGAUGAAUGUACCCAACAUCACCCGGGACUACAUUUCCAUGAAUCUAAAUGCGGUUCUCUUCCUGCUGGGCAACCCCAUCAUCCUGCCCAUGGACACCCCCCACUUGGAGCUGCCAGAGUUAGUGGGCAACAAGGCGGCCAUGGCCACUCUGGCCCUGUCUCAGAACCUGUUUGACUCUGUCCUGCUGCUGCUGCAGAAGGCCGGGGCCCUCAACCUGGACAUCACAGCGCACCUGCAGUCAGAUGACAACCCGCUGAACACCUCCGUCCUGAGCAAGUUCAUCCCCGAGGUGGCCCACCAGGUCCCCGAGCACAAGCCCGUGGUGCUCAAGGUGCGCCUGGGUGCCACGCCCGUGGCUGCGUUCCACAACAGGAGCAUCACGCUGCAGCUGCAGCCCCUGGUGGAGGUCCUGGCCACCUCCUCCAACUCGGCCUUCCAGUCCCUCUUCUCCCUGACUGUGGGGGUGAACCUGAACCUUCAGCUCUCGGUGUCCAAGGUGAAGCUCUACGGGACCACCUCUGUGGUGGGGGACAUCUACCUGGCCGUGGCCUCUUCCAACGUGGGCUCAAUUAACCUGGAUGGCGUGUACACGCUCAUGGACACCGUGUUCGAGAAGCCCCUGCUGGAACACUUCAAUGCGCUCCUGGGCAUAGGCAUCUCCCUCCCGACGGUGACCAACCUCCACUAUGUCAACUCUGAUAUCUGCAUCAAUGAGAACUCCGUGGUGAUUUCCAGCGGACUCUCAUACCACCCCUGA